CAUCACACACACACACACACACACUCACACUCACACACACCGGCAUCAUGCUGUUGGCCGUGGCGAAGCUGUGCUGUGGGAUUUCGUACCAACACUUCAGGAGUGUGACAGGUUUGCAGCGUACGGCCAUGGCAGCUUUAGGGCAGGAAAUUGCCCACAUGCAGAAGAGAGGAAACACCUGGAGAUGGAGCAGGAGCCUGGAGGUGGUGUGGAGGUGGAGGAGUGAGAGAGAGGAGAUGGUGUGGACAGAUGGACGGUGUGAUGAUGUGGAGGACACGGACCUGUGGUACCAGCAGCAGGGACACGAGGCUCUACAGAAAGCUCUGGACAUCACACAGAAUUCUGAUGGCUGGACGACUGAAAUAAUCUCAGAGGACAGUGAGGUGAUCUACAGUAAAGUGGUUGAAGGGAAUGUGAAGGUGUUUCGUCUGGAGGCUGAACUGGACGCUUCACCUGAAGAGAUUUACCAGGUUCUGUUUGUAAAGGUGGAGGAGAUGAGCGAGUGGAACCCCAACAUCUCACACAUCAGGGUACUGAAAUACAUCGGGAAGGAAACCAUGGUAACACACGAGGUCUCGGUGGGAAAAGCGGGGAAUCUUAUCGGUCAGCGGGAUUUCCUGAGUGUCCGACAUUCACUGAAGACGGAGCGAUGUAUUUACUUGGGUGGAGCCGCCACUCACCUGGAGGCGUUUCCACCGCAGCCGGGAUUCAUCAGAGCUGAAGAUGGCCCCACAUGUAUCAUCAUCGAGCCGUUACUGAGCUGUGCUGGAAAGAGUAAACUCACCUGGCUUCUCAACAUGGACGUUAAGGGCUGGCUUCCUAAAUCUGUGGUGAAUCAGGCGCUUCCACAGGCUCAAAUGGACUUCACAAAAUACCUACGGAGACGGCUGGAGAUGGACAGGAAAUAAACACACACAUAUUCUCACACACACACACACACACACACACA